CAACGUGGACUUUUUUAAUAGACACAGAAGACUAGAAUAUCAAAUAAUAACCUAGUUUUGUGGAGCUUUAUUUUCAUUUGUAUUAGUUUUAUGUCAGAGACGACCCCAAAUUCGUGCUGAAGUGGAUGCGAGUGGGUUCGUCAGUUUCCCUCAGUUAAAACACACACAAAACUACUCUUCUGUGUGAAACUACCAAUUUUUCAUUAACAUUUGUACUAAAGUUGUUAGACGAUAUCAUUUGAGCUGCCUAUUAUCGAUUAUAACCAUGAAAACCAUCCCACUGUAAGCAAUGCUAGGAUUUAGCUGAUAUUUUGCCCUGGCUGAUCAUAUCGCGAUACUCGGAGUCUUCGAUACACGAGUCGGCAAAAUGGGCAAAGGUUGCAUCUCCGCCACCAAGUACUUUCUGUUUCUCUUCAACCUCCUGUUCUUCAUCUUCGGAGCCCUGAUUAUGGGCUUUGGACUCUGGAUCCUCCUGGACAAUCAGAGCUUCAUUGCAGUCUUGCAAGACUCCUCUACAGAACUGAAGGUGGGCUCAUACAUUGUGGUUGGUGUCGGUGGCUUCACCAUGCUGAUGGGAUUCCUGGGCUGUCUGGGAGCGAUCUACGAGAUCCGUUGUCUGCUUGGACUGUACUUCACUCUCCUGCUCCUCAUCCUCCUCGCCCAAGUGGUUACUGCGGUACUCAUCUUUCUCCAGCGUGACCAGCUGAGGCACACGACGGCCGACAUAGUCAAAAAACUUGUGGAGAACUACCAGGGACAGAACAAGACCGCAGAGCACGCCUGGGACUACAUCCAGAGGAAUAUGCACUGCUGUGGCUGGAUUAAUCCUGAAGACUGGCAGAGCAACCCUGUGAUCAACAGCUCUCUGAUGUUGUACCCCUGCUCGUGUCAGAACAACUCCGUCACGGGAGAGAACACCACAGACGGCAGCUUCUGCAAGGCUCAGUCUUCUGAUUGGCCCGUUUACGACUCGGGUUGCAUGACCCAUGUGGAGAGCUGGCUCUUCACCAACUACGGAGUCAUUCUGGGAAUCUGCCUCGGGGUGGCUGUUAUUGAGCUCCUCGCCAUGAUCCUGUCCAUGGGCCUGUGUAAGAGCGUGCACCAAGAAGACUACACCAAAGUGCCGAAGUAUUAAAGAAGAAACACACACACACACACACACACACACACACACACACACACACACACACACACCUUUACAUUUAAAAUAUAUUGACCUUCUCUGCAUAGUUUUUUUUGUUUGUUUCUUGUUGUUUUUUGUUUUUUUUUUUAAAGAAACUUGCCCCAAACAAACCCAAACGAAGCUCUAGAAAUUGUGGAAAAAUCCUAAACGUGUGCAGAGCACCGUGACGUGUGUAACGUGUUCUGCUUUGUUUAGUUCACCACGUUAGCCUCCAGUAAGUUAAAACGUGCACCUUCUGUCGUGAGCUUGUGUUCACAACAUCGUCACCUAAAACUUCCUGGACGAAGGAAGGAAAAGCGUUGGAGCCUUUCUCUCAGCGCUCCUCUUCACACGCGCUCCGAGCUAACGACGUCGACUGCAUGACACGUCUUUUCUUUUUUCCAUUUCUACAUCAGUAGUGGUGGUGUUAUUGUUGUUGUUUUUGUUGUUGUUCAUGUGUAUAUAAUUUUGCGAUGCUUUAAUUAGCAUGUUUCGUGGUUAGGACGGGCUGUCACUCUUUAAAAAUCUUUUCUCCAGUUAUAGUUGUUGUUUUGUUGUUGGCUUUUUUAUGUACAGAUUACGUAUUUUUUACAUUUUGGAUUUUUUUUGGACAUUAUUAUUAUUAUUAUUAUUAUUAUUAUUAUAUAUUUUUUCUGAUUUCCUGAUUUUAUCUGUGAUUUCAUCACCUUGUUUCUAAUCCUGUUGCUUUCAUGUCGCUCGCUUUCGCUUGUGACUCCUUUUGGUGUUUUAUGAAAGAAGACGUUUUGAAGAUUAAUCUCUUUAAUUGUAACCCGUACACUAGGACUCCUAUGUAUGCACUCUGUUUUGAGGGAAAGAAAAUAUAAGCAAACAACAAAAAAAACCUGAUGAACCUUAAAAUGAAGUCUUAUUAUUAUUAUUAUUAUUAUUAUUAUUAUUAUUGUUUGAGAUUUUUCCUUUUUUUCUAGACUUUUUUUGUAUAUUUGAAGAAAGGAAAUGGAUGGAAAUACAGUCGGAACAUCCCGUGUUUUGUUGAGAAAUUAUCCUAAGAAGUAAAUCCUUCGAAUUUUUUAUGGCAAAGGAAAUAUAAUCAUCUUUUUUUUUUUUUUUUUAUAAACCUCGAAUACAGUUUUGACCGAGUGUGACUGUUAAACAAGAAUAAAAUAAGAAUCUGUUACAAUAAAGUGAACUCACCCAGA